UAAAACCCCCUAAAACCCUAAACCCAUUUUCAUCAAGGCCGCUAAAAGAGUAUUGAAGCAUGAGACCUCCAAGAGGACGUGGUGGUGGCGGAUUUAGGGGCGGCAGGGAUGGCGGCGGCCGUGGUUUCCGAGGCGGCGGCGGAGGACGUGGCGGUGGCCGGUUUCCUCCUCGAGAUGAAGGUCCCCCUUCUGAAGUCGUAGAGGUGUCUUCUUUUAUGCACGCAUGUGAAGGAGAUGCAGUGACAAAGCUGACAAAUGAAAAAAUCCCUUAUUUUAAUGCACCAAUUUAUCUACAGAACAAGACACAGAUUGGGAAAGUUGAUGAGAUUUUUGGUCCUAUUAAUGAAUCCCUUUUUUCGAUUAAGAUGAUGGAGGGAAUCAUUGCAACUUCAUAUUCAGCUGGAGAUAAGUUUUACAUUGACCCAGCUAAGCUUUUGCCACUGGCCAGAUUUCUUCCACAGCCCAAGGGAGCACAACAAGCUUUUAGAGGCGGUGGACGAGGUGGAGGAAGAGGUGGUAGAGGUGGACGUGGAGGCGGUGGUGGUUUUCGUGGAGCUAGAGGUGGAGGUGGUGGUUUUCGUGGGGGUAGAGGACCUCCCCGAGGUGGACGUGGAGGCGGUUUUAGGGGUAGAGGGAGAUUUUAAAAAGAAAUAUGAUGUACUUCUGAUUAUCUCUAUUUUGAUUUGUAAUUCUGAAUGCUGUGAGAACUCAAUUGAGAGAAUGUUAUCAUUAGUUCCUUUUCGAUGUUAAUGAAAUUAGCUCUCCUUUAUCUUCA